GAUGUGUCCUGCUGUUGAUAAGACCACGGAGCAAAGGCCCACCUGGACCUCGACCGGUCCUCAGCAAGGCAGCAAUGGCAAAAAGAGAUUACCUGGUGGAGGCGGCCAAACAGAUCCGCAUGGCGCUGGAUAGUGAGGUCAAUGAGGACUAUGAGGCAGCUUUCAGUUACUACAAGAAUGGGGUGGACUUACUGCUGAAUGGGGUUCAAUUGGAUCCAAACAAAGACCGACGGGAGGCUGUGAAGAGGAAGACAACCCAGUAUCUGAAGAGAGCCGAAGAAAUCUUUAUAACACAUCUGCAGGACAACCUGGGAAAGGGGAGCUCUCAUUUAGGGGGCUACAGCAGUCUGCGAUUCCGUCCAAUCAGACACUUGAGUUCACCCGUGGAGGAUCUGGAGAUGUGCAAGGUGGUGGGAGUGACUGAUAAGGUCCUGAUCGUCCAAAGCAUGAUCAACAAAGAGACGUUUGUUGUAAAGAGCCUGGUAAAGUCGAGCUGGGAGAGCAGGGACCAGCCAACCAUCAUUCCUCAAGGGGUGCCAUACAUGGUGAAGCUGCUAAGAUACUACGUCAGUGAGGAUGCUGUGUACCUACAUCUCGAGCAUGUCAAAGGUGGGAGGCUCUUCUCCAAGCUGCACAAGCUGAAAAACGAGAAGGCCAAGGAACACCCGGAAUGCUUCACCUCUGGCCAGCACAGCAUCAAGCUGAAGACCAGCCACACCUCGCCCACAAUCAGCACAGACUACCAGCACAACAGCAGACAGAGCACAGCGGCGAUUCCGGAGAAACUAAGCGACGAGAGCCCGGACACGGACUUCAUAACCUCAUGGGAUGAGACUCAGCAGCGACUGGAAAGCUGCGGGACUCACUCCUACAUCGAAGAGACAGGCUGCCUGCAGAACACUCGCUCCGCGGCGUCGUUUUACACCAAGCUCGAUCGGCUAACUCUGCAUUCCGGCCCGACGAGGACAAAAGUCAACACCCACAUCCAUCCACCAGCUCCCAGUUUGUGUUUGCACUCCAGCGAAACUCAGGAAAAGCCCGCUCUUCCUCUCUCGUGCGCUCGUGUCAGUCAAGCUCUCGAUGUCAUGUCAGAACUCCAUAAACGGAGACCCGGGAUGGGACUGAUAGAGUGCAGCUCCGAUUUCGAAGUGGCUUGGAAAGCAGCGGAUCCAGCGCACAACUGUGAGAAAAUAAACCCCUAUGCAGUGACUGACAGUGACUCACCAAGCACACUAGGCCGAACUGCACCUCAUACAAAUCAGACCUCAUUUGUAAAAGCGGGAUCGCCGAACAGUGAAAAUAACGGCUUGAGUUCCUCGCCUGCCAUUUUGCAUCUUCCUCUCCAUUGCCAAACCCAGAUCCGUGGCAGGGCGUCGUGGGACACCAACGGCUCCCACCAGGGAUCUGUUUUAAGCGAAGUAGAAGUAGUGACGGACUCAAAGCAGGACAGCAGCAGCCCCACUGCAGAAGAAAGGAAUGGAAUGGUCGUCCUCAGGAGCACGGACAGAGCGGUGUUUUCUGACCACACGGAUACAAAGAUCACCUCAGAAAGUUCUUGGCCUUCGUCUGUCUCCGUCCACCACAGCGUUGCAGAACAACAAGGGACAUUCCAGAGGGUUCCCUUGGCCCUUUCAGGAGUCAAAUAUGAAACGGAAACAUGUUCCAAUGUGACGAAAGAAGGUGUGGAGGAGGCCCGUGAGCUGAUGAGUCCUCGAGAGAAGAGCGCACCUCCAGUAGUGAGAUCAUUUGUAGACUGGUUCUCCUCUGGCCCAAUCGGACCUGCGACCCACACGAGGAGAGAAGACGUGGAUGCUUUCCUCAAGCCAGAAGGACCAGAGGGGCAGGGAGAGGACCAGAUCAUAGAGGUGGACGGCUGGUGCCACUUGCCUCGGUUCCCCGUCAAGCCCACCAGGCCUGCGGAUAAGACCAUGCAGACCUGCUGGGGGCUUCCCGAAGCUGAGGUGCGUGUCUGGGGGGCGCAGAUCCUGUUGGCCCUGGAGAGUCUGCAUCAACAAGGCAUCCUGUGUCGGGAUCUGAACCCGAGGAACGUUCUGCUCACCAGCAACGGGAAGGUGUGUUUGACAUUUUUCAGCCAGUGGAGUGAAGUUCAGUCAGAGAUCAGCUCCAGAGCCAUGGAACAGAUGUACUGCGCUCCAGAAAUCGGCGGGGUGUCGAGGAUCACAGACGCUUGUGAUUGGUGGAGUCUUGGGGCUUUGCUGUUUGAGCUUCUAACAGGAAUGCCACUGUGGCAGCUCCAUCCAGCAGGAAUCCACUCCCACACCCAGCUGCUCAUCCCCGACCACCUGAGCACUGCAGCUGCGUCUCUGCUCACUGAGUUGCUUCAGUUCGACGCCGGCUACCGCCUGGGCUCCGGAGGUGGAGGCGUCAGUGACAUCAAGUGUCAUCCCUUCUUCAGCGGAGUCUCCUGGAAAGCUCUGAGCUGCUAGCGUGCUACACUUGAAGACCAACACUCGGCACGAAUCCGAGCAUCCUGACGUGGCCCCAGAUGGAUGUAGCACCAGAUACUGUCUUCUGUUGCGUUUUGUGCUUCCCAAAGAAAAGUGAUAUAAUAAAAACUGAAACUAGUGAACGAUGUCCCACAAAAAACAAAAGAGAUCUAUGACUUUACACAUCCGACACUCAUAUGGAAACUACAAUUUUGACAGUUAAGUUUUACAUAAGAACAUUUAUUAUCACCAUGCAUGACAACUGAUGUCACCUAAAACUUAAUUGUGACAUUAUCCUUUUUUUUUUUUUUGGACUAUCUACCGUCGGUGUAAAAAGACAAUGAGGCAAUAAAUUGUUUCAUCUUCUUUGCAUA